GCCACACCGGACUGACUGAGGCUGAACACAGCAUUCUUUUUAAGACUGGAGACCUGCCGCAGCAAAACCGUCGGUUUGUUUGUUGGUCGUGUUCCCGCUUGCUCACAACCCCCCCUUACCUAUUUUCCUUGCCAAUAUCCUCUGCGUAACCUUCGCGACCAGAGUACCGCAAAGAUGUCAGAGGGAGCCCACCUACUUCCUCUGCCUCGCUGGACCGUCAUCGUCCAUUCGGUUCAGAUUCUGGUUGCCAUUCUCAUCCUUGCUCUUGACGCAUAUGGAAUUCAUUAUAUCGUAUACAAUGCGCUUGUCUUCUCUCUGGUCACCGCUCUCCUGACGCUCAUCAUCUGCGCCUACAUCAUCGCGAGCACCCUCUCCCUCCACUCGCUCUACAACUACUGGGCCGUGCUGGCGCUCCACAUCUUGAUGGUCAUCUUCUGGGUGACGGACCUCGGCCUUGUCGCAAACCUCGCGUCUCUCUGGUCCGGACGAAGCGACACGUACUACUAUUACUACAACAAGCGUGACCUGGUUAACCUCGCGAAGAGGGAUACGACCGUCGGCGCGUACUAUGGUGCACUUGCUGCUGGUGCCUUCUUUGGUGCCGUUCAAUUCGUCCUCUGGGUUGUUUCGUUAGUCUUCGUCGGCAUGUACAUUCAUCGCCACCGCUCCGGCCAGGAGGGCAAUCCCGAGGCCGCCAACCCCGCCUACACGGGCGUCCAACAGACUGCCCCCGUCGAGCAAGUUCAACCCCAGCAGCCAGUCUAUGGCCAGGUACCCGUGCCGGCUCCCCAGCAGCAGAUGUAUCCCCAGCAGCAACCCCAGCCUCAGUAUGCACAGCAGCCCGUGUACGUCCAGCAGCCGCAACAGCCGCAGUAUGCUCAGUACGCUCCGGAUCCCGUUUCCCGCGAGCACACUGUCAGCCCCGUCUCGUCAGCGGCGGGAUACACCGGUGCAGUGCCACCCAACCCCAACUCCUCCGAGUUGGCUGCUCUGCCUCCCAACCCAAAUCUACCCGAACUCGAUCAGCGAAGGUGAUGGGAUAGUGUGUGAAUCGCACCGUCUAAAGGCACCGCGUGGUUCUCUUGUUACACAACGAUAUCGAUACGUCGACUUGUCCUCGGUAUAUACCCCUUGACGCUGUCCAGGUCCUUCGAGGCAAUGUGACGUCUUGUCAUACACGGACCCUGCAUAAUAGAUGCUCUCAUGAUUGCACUUUCAAAUCUUUUGCAUGAAUUAUAC